AUGGCGGAUGCAGCGGACACACUUCUCUUGUCGCUCGAGGUGGAGGCGGCAGCUGCCCGCAACGCCGAGUUGAGUCAAACGAUUGAAAUGCUGCAGGACGAAGUACUGCGACUCCGACGCGCGAACGCGUCGCUCCUCGCUUGCGAUGCACGACAUUGUCCAAAGGUGUCUCUGCAACCGGUGGAGACGCCUAGUGCGACGGCAGACGUGAGCCGCGACGAGUCGUCUGCGGCUGCCGAUGCCCGAGAGGUGUUUGUCAUCCUGGACGACUUGCUUUUUGAAAUGGCUGAUAUUCGCUCCCGUAUCAUCCUAGACGAGCGCGUGGACUUGACACCACGGGCUUUUGACUCAGAGGCCACGGUGGCUGCCCACGCCAGGCGGUGCCUUGAGGAAGCACGCAAAUUGAAAGAAGCGUUCGUCGUGAAGCAGCAUAGUACGGCGGCGCAGGUGUCAGAGCUUCGGCGCGCUCUCGGCGAGCAGGCCGAGGCCAACCAGAAGCAAACCGCUGCCUCUGCUUUGCAGUGCGCCAUGCUGGAGCGCAAGUAUGAUGAGUUGAAGCGCCGGUACGACGAGGCAGUUUCGAGGCAGGAUGAGCUGGUGCUGGACGGUGUCAUUCAGUCCCCCUCGCAAAUGUUGCCGCGCAGCUGA